CGCGGAUUCUUUUUUUCCCCCUUGUUGCGGUGUCUCAAUUGACACACCACUUUCUGCUAGGUGCACUGAAGGUUGUUGCGCGCCACCGCGUCAUAUAUAUGGCACACGAUUGACUCCCCUGCUUUUACCACACAUUUCGUUUCAAAUGUGUACUGAUAAAUCAAUUUUAUUCACACAAUACUUACACAACGUUGAUAAGGGUUGUCGUGGAUCAGCGCUGGAUGGCUAACUAACUUCUUGAGUACAGCAGGUCUCUUCUUUCCUGGUCAUUGUAACGUGGCGGGUAAAAAGAGCGCACAAGACCCGUUGGACCUUGACAUGUAGGAUUGUCAAGGUUCUGUUGGAUGGACAAAAUGUGUUCGAUACCUGGGCUCCCAACACCAGGUUCAAACAUUUCAGUUUUCAUAACAAGGGUGAACUUGGAUCCCCAAUGUGAACUUGUGGAGCUAUGGGGCAGAUUUGCUCAAGAUAGGAAAGUUGAGUAUCAACACCUCCGAAAAGAAAUUCAGUUUCCCAGAGAAACAUUUCGUGAGUUAGAGGGAGAUCCUGGAGACAUGUGCUUGGUUCAGGUAUAUGAAACUUGGUAUAGGGCACGCAUUGUCUCAAAACGUGGCUCAAGUUACACUGUGUUCCUCAUUGAUGAAGGAAGAAUGCUUGGUGCCACCUCUAGUGUACUGGCUUGGGGUCAGAAAGAGUUUUUCCACUUACCCCCUGAGCUGGAAUUCUGUGUUCUCUCCAAUGUGUUGCCACUAUCAACUGAGAACAGGUGGUCUCCAAUGGCCUUGGAAUUUCUGAAAUCCCUUUGUGGAAAGACAGUUGACGCUUUUGUUCAGGAUGUCUUGGUGCCCCAUAGAACAUUCCUCCUGGAUAUUCCAUUCAUAACUAGACAGAUGCACGAAAUGGGGUUUGCCAAGAAAUUAAAUACAGAAAAGUUCAAGUUCCAUGUUUUACACACAUUGCAGAGGGGGGCAUCCAACUCAACAGAAUCUCUGCAGACAACCUCCAUUAGAAAUGUGCAUGAGCAAAUCGAGAAGCAGCAGCACUACUUGUAUCCGGAGCUGCAAACGGAAACCGUUGAAACAGUCAUUGUCACAGAGGUAACCAACCCACUGCGUAUUUUUUGUCAGUUGAAGGUGUUUUCUCAAGAGUUAAAGAAACUAACAGAACAAAUUACGCAACACUACGAAGGUCGACUUGCAGCAUGCAUCGCCAGGCCCCAAACUUUGGGUUCCCCAUGUGCCUCAAGAGGAAGUGAUGGAAGGUGGUAUCGAUCCGUUUUACAGCAGGUCUUUCCAGCCAAGAAUGUGGUUGAAGUGCUGCAUGUCGAUUAUGGAAAGAAACAAUUUGUUCAAGUGGAAAACAUCCGACCGCUAGCCACAGACUUCUUCAGGAUGCCUGUCGUCACUUAUGUCUGUUCUCUACAUGGCAUCCUCGAUAAAGGAGUUGGAUGGACUGCUGCCCAGAUUGAAUAUCUGAAAUCCCUCCUGCUGAACAGGACUGUGAUCGCUAAGUUUGAAUACCAGAGUCUGUCAGAGGGAGUCCACUAUGUAACACUCUACGGGGAUGAAAAUACCAACAUCAACAACCUGUUUGGCAAGAAGGAAAAAUGUUUGUUGGACUCUGCAAGUGCUUCAAAUCCAGAUGGAAAAGUAAAUCAGAAGACUGCACCACCUUGCUCUGGUGAUCCCAAAAAAGUUCAGACAAAGUAUCCGGCCGAAGAUCUCCUUGUCAAUUCUUCACAUGUGGCAGUUGUACAGCAUGUAGAAAAUCCUUCAGAAUUUUGGAUUCAGACAAAUACGUAUGCAGACGAGUUUGAUGAAAUGAUGAAUGAUCUUGCUGAUUUGUACAGUAACUCAGUCGGCGCAGGAGUUGUUGAAUGCCCACAAGUUGGCCUUUAUUGUGCAGGCAGAUCACAGGACAACUCUUUUUACCGGGCAACUGUGUCCGAAAUCAAUGGGAACAAGGUCAAAGUAUUUUUUGUUGACUAUGGGAACACUGAAAUAAUUGACAGGUUCAACCUUAGAGUACUUCCUGACGAGUUUAAAGUGUUACCAGGACUUGCGUGUAAGUGUAGACUGGCUGGUAUAGAACCAAAAGAUGGUACAUGGAGUCGAAAUGCUACAGACUUCUUCAUAAAAACAAUUGCAGACAAGAUCCUGGACUUGCAUGUAACUGCCAGGUCUCACGGUAGUUAUAUUGUUCAACUGACAGACUUGUCUGCACAAGGAGAGAGAGAUGCCGGUAAGCUGCUUUGCAGUGCUGGCUUUGCAGAGAAGUUUGAUUCAAGUAUCCCACCUCGCAAGGCUUUUACAGGGCCUGUCAUUGCACCCACAACACAGAACCCACAUGCCAUUUCUUAUGUGUUCAGGUCAAGUGGCAGCCCUCAAGAUUUGUCUACCAGUAAUUGUACUGUGAAAGAAUCCAGAACUCCCUUCAAGGAAUACUUGUUUCCCAUAGGAAGUUCAUUUGAAGUCACUGUGUCUUACAUUGAGAGUCCAAAUGACUUUUGGUGCCAACUAGCACAAAAUUCUAAUCAUCUUAAAUGGCUCAUGCAAGACAUACAAAAGCACUAUGCUGUCACCCAGUUUGGGCAACCUUUGGAAGCAGCUUGUGUUGCUCGCCACCCAGACAAUGGAAUGUGGUACAGAGCCCUAGUCAUUCAGAAGCAUGCAACAAUGCAUGUUGAUGUGCUGUUCAUAGACUAUGGUCAGACAAAGAGAGUCUCCGUGCGUGACUUGCGCGCCAUAGAUCCAAAGUUCCUCCAACUAAAAGGUCAAGCUUUUCGUUGCAGUUUGUACAACCUUAUCCACCCUGCUUCCCACACAACUGAGUGGACUGAAGAGGCAGUUGCACAAUUCCAGAACUUUGUGGACAACGCCACAACCGAACAUGGGAUGUUAAAGUGCACAAUAUAUGCCGUUAUGUACGAUGCACAGAAAGUAGUAUUCAACGUGGUGGAUCUGCAGACACCCUUCCAGAGUGUCUGCGGCUUGAUGGUUCAUAAAGGCUUUGCAAACCGUGCACCUGCAAAGAACGCCCCUUCCUCCCUUUUCCGAUUGGAAACCUACUACUACUCCACUCACAACAUCAAAACCGGAAGUGAAGAAGAGGUAAUUGUGACAAGUGUAAAUAGUGUCAAUCACUUUUACUGCCAAUUGAAAAGGAAUUCAGAUACAAUUAAAGGACUUUCAGAGAGUGUGAAUACAUUGUGUCACCAGCUGGAGAUGACCAACUGCCCCCAAACUUUUGGAACAGUGUGCUUUGCAAAAUACAUGGACGGAGAGUGGUACAGAGCACAGAUCAAGUGUACAAAUCCAACAAUCCUGGUUCACUUUGUGGAUUAUGGCGACACAUUGGAAGUCCAAAAAUCUGAUCUGCUUCCCAUUCCUAUUGAGGCCAGUGAGAUCAUGUCUGUGCCUGUGCAAGCUGUCCAGUGUGGGCUUUCUGACAUCCCAGGAGAGGUUCCAAGUGUGGUGAACAGCUGGUUUGAGACCAGUAUGACUGAUCGGAACUUCAGGGCUCUUGUGGUGGCAAAAGAGCCUGGGGGCAAGUUGCUGGUGGAGCUAUACGAUGACAAAAUGCAAGUGAAUGCCAAGAUAAAGGAAAAAUUCAACCUUGAGAUGCACAGUAAAGAGCAGGUGAUAAUCCAGAGCUGCAGACCACAAGCUCUCGAGCCCAAACCUCGAUUUACACCCAAAAAAGUGCUACGAACAGAUGAAGAUUCCCUUAAGUGUGAGAAACUCCCGCGAGUACACAACAGGAUACCAUAUGAAACUCAGGCAGCUUUGAGGAGACCCAAUGAAAAAGUUAAUUUAAAAUCCGUAGAGACCACAAAUCAAGGGGAACUGAAUGUUCAAACAGAAACAAAAUACUCACAUGAUGCAAAUUCAUCUCCCAGUGAAAAUCGAAAGAAGAUUGUUGUUCCCAAAGCAAAUGCAAAUUGUCUUCCAAAACUCAUUGACCUGCCUUCAAAAUCUGUAAAACCAGGAUUGGUAGCAGAUGUAUUCAUUUCUCAUUGUAAUAGCCCACAAAGUUUCUUUGUACAGUUGAUCGAAGAGGAAGCUGAAAUAUUUUCCCUUGUGGAAAAACUUAAUGAUGGGCAGUCAACUGCUGCAUCCAUUCAAACCAAGGACUUGUGUCAAGGUGACUUGGUCAAUGCAGUAUUUCCUGAGGAUUACUCAUGGUACCGUGCAGUAGUUAGAGAAAUACUGGAAAACCAAAUGGCUCUUGUUGAGUUUGUAGACUUUGGAAAUACAGCAACAGUCUCUGUCUCUGAGAUGUGUAGACUCGACAAAAACUUCCUUGAAAUCCCCAGGUUCAGCAUUCAUUGUUGUUUAUGUGGAGUGCUAACUGUUGAAAGUAAAUUAAAACUAGAUCCAAAAGUUGUGUCAAACUUCAAAGAGAGUGUUGGUAUAAUUGGCAGCAAACGGUUAGGAUGCAUGUUUGUAAAACAGUCUGGAUCUGUUUGGGAGGUUAGCCUUGUGGAUGGUGACAAAGCAAUCACAUGCAAUUUUUCUCCCAGCGUCCCAACAGACACCCUAGACCUGUUGCCAGAAAACACAGACCAAGAGGCAGAAGAGUGCAAUCAAAAAUCCACUUUAACAAAUUUGCCGCCCAAGUGCAACCUUUUGGUCAAUGUCAUGACUGCCUGUUACAGUGAGCCGGAAAUUUCCGAAGGACAGUCCUUAGAAGUAUAUGCCUCUACUAUAAAUGGGCCUGAGUCAUUUUGGUGUCAAUCUGCUGACUCAGACAAACUUGAUAAGAUCACUGAAGUUGUUGUAGAAGCUGAGAAAGCUGUGGCAUCUACGUUUAUUGACACCGAAACGUUGUGCACUGGAAGUCCAUGCAUUGCUCAAUUUGAGGACGAUGAACAGUGGUACCGUGCUAAAGUCCUCAGGAAAGAUGGAGAUACCUUAUACAUUCUUUUUGUGGACUAUGGAAAUGAGUCUGCAGUUAAUAUGAAAGACGUGAGGCCAGUACCAGCUCUGCUCAUUGACAUUCCUCCACAGGCUUUCUGGUGUCAGCUAGAAGGAUUUGAUUUGUCACAGGGCUCCUGGGAUGACACUGCUUCUGACCAGUUAUCACAACUCAUAAUGGACAAGCUACUGCACUUGACUGUUCUAAGAGUUUCCAGUCAAGAGGAAGUUGGGAUUACAUGUUUUGUCAAAGUAAAAUGUGAGGAAGAAGUGAUAAAUUACACUAUGAAACAGUACUGGAAGAGCUCUAUUGGCAACCGAGACAAAACGUCAGAAGACAAAUUAAAUCCCACAGAAGAGGCAUUGUCAUAUGACAUGUCCUCAUUGGCAGAUGAAUUGCAGUUAGUCGAGAAAAAGGCAGCAGUGCUUGACUCGCCUCUCAAAAAGCAAAAUGAAAACUUCAAAGACCAUGACACAGAUGAUCCUCAAGCCUGUAAUGAAACUCAUGAGGAGGUUGUUGACGGGGACAGUUUCUAUGAGCAACAGGUCUCCGUAAUCACCCAAGUAACAGAUAAUGUUGAGGAGGAUGUGGAUCUGAUAAAUUUCCAAGAGAAAUACUGUUUGGAUUAUGGUAACACCGCAUCAGUUGUUAAUGAAUUAGUGGAAGAAAAACAGUCCAAGACAACUGAGAUCCAUGAACAGAAGACUGUCACACGGAGUACAAAUUCAGCUGUAAAGGCACCCAAAGAAGGCAUAGAGACCAUGUCCACCAUUAUCUGUGAAGGACCCAGUGAUGCAGGACUUGAAUGUGUGUCAGAUAGUGGAGAUUCAAGUGAGAUUCGAGUGGCAACCUCCCAAAUGUACACUGAUAGAAGUGGGAGUGCAUCAGUUGUGAAAAAGUCAAUCAGUCUAGAUGACUUUGAAUCACAACUGUACAUUGAUGAGGACUUUGAGAUUUCACUUUCAAACAUUGAUGAAAGUCAAGACGACAUCUAUGAGGAAGUCUUCAAAAUAUGUGCUGAACCUGUAGUAGAGAGUGAAAAGUCAAAAAAGGCUGUUCUGGAGGAGAUAGAGACCAAAGAUAAAGAACUGUUCACCUUGAUUGAAGAUUUUGAGAAUAUAAAAGAGGAAUCUGGAAUCCAAGAUGAAGCUGAAGGCCACUGCGCUAUUUUACCAGAACCUGUUUUAGAGUUCAGUAAACUCUACAGUGUUGAGCAGACUUUUCCACUUGGUUCAUCCUGUUUUGUUUGGUCUUCUGCUAAGAAGAGUUGGUGUAAUGCUAAAAUUGUGAAGAUAUUUGAGGACUCAAUUAAGGUUCUUCUUUUGGACGAUGAUACUGAAAUGGUAGUGGACCCACACAGUAUAUUUCAGCUGCCUACAGAACCAGAACAGAUUGGAGAUGUCGAUGUAUCAUCAUGGAAUCCUGGGUCAGAGCGUGAUAAGCAUGUUUCAGAUCCCAUAGAAACAGAUGGCUGUGAAGAUGCUAUUACUGGAGAUCACCACAGUAAUGCAUUCUCAGAGGGUCUUCUGGUGGAAGUGGAUCAUGAGAUCAUAGAUUCAUGCAAAACCUUUGUUGCGAUGUCCACAAAACCAGAGAAGAUACAUCAGCUGGAAAACAGUCAUCCUGUAUGUGCACCAUUGGAAGAAUUUAGUGAUGUGCCUAAAAAGCAGCUAAUUGACAUUGGUCAAGCGAAUGAUGCAGUGUUAAGUGUGUCCACACAGGAAAAGGAUGAUGUUAUGCUUGAGGAAGAUAUGUCAUGUCAUGGGGAUUUGACUUCAGAUCUCAUUAAAGAUUGCACAGUUGUAUCUACAGAUCACAGAGCUGAGAGUGAGAAAAACAUAUUUGCAGAGGUGGUAUCAAGUGCUCCCCCACAGGAAAAGGAGGAUCCAGGGGAAUCAACAUGUCCUAAUAAAGACUGUUUAGUCAAUAUAAAUGUUGUAGAGUUCACAGAGCAUGGUGCCCUGACUCUGGAGGACAUCAAGUUGGAGUUUACACCCAGUGCUCCCACACAGGAUAUGUUGAAGGAUGAUGUGCUGCUUGAGGAUGAGACGUAUUCUCCUAUCAAAAACAGCGCAGAAGUAGUGAUGUCACAUGUGAUGCAUCUCACCCUGAGAGUGGAGGAGAAAUCCGACGAUGACAUCAUCUUUGUGUCAGAGACUCUGUCCACCCAGGAACUUCAGUAACCAAAGAUGUCACUAGUGUGUUUGUGCAGGCAUGAAUUCUAAGUUUGAUUUCAUAUUUUUAUCUGGAACAUUUAUCAAUUCAUGUGUUCAGUGACAAUUUGUUGCCAGUUCAGUGGCAUUUUUUUUCUCCAUUUGUAUCGUGUCCUGCAUUUUUCAGUUUUGCCAUUUGCUUAGCCUUUCUUCUGUUAGCUUAAAUGUCGUAAACCUCAUCUUCACCAAAUUUGGCUCAGAGUAGCCAUUCACCUGCAGAGUAUUAAUGCCUCUUGGCUUGUUCAUUUUCAAACAAUUUGGUCAUGUGGUCAAUCUGUAAACUAACAUGACCUCACCUUGGGGAUGGUUGUAGAGUUAUUUGUUUCCUCUGUGGUUCCAAACAGAACUCCUACAUCCAGUGUUUGUACCAGCAUAGUGCAUUUAUGGAACACUGUGGAUGGAUCUAUGUUAAAUGUUUUUUUGUAAUGUAUUUUGCCAAUGUUUCAAAAACAAAGCACUAUAUUGUUGUUCUGUAAAAUUUGGAAAUACACAGUGCAACCUGAAAAGGAUUCUGUUUACACAAUAUGAUAAUCUUGCACUUCA